UUUUUUUUAUCAAAAUAUAAUAAAUAAUAAAUAAAAUUAUAAUAAAUCGAGUAAUAAGGAUUUCGGACUAACGAGACUUAACAUUACGGAAUAAAAUGUUGAUAUAUUCAAAGAUAUUGAAGCGAAUGACCCGGUGGUGAACUGGUGGCUGAUGGUGGUCCCAUAUUUUGUGAUUGAUGCCAUCCCCUUAAUAGUCUGAGAUUGAUGCUAAUUAUUUUCAGCGUGCUUUGUAACUUGUUUUCAAUAACUCUACCAGUAUGAAUAUUUCAAUCGAAAAAAAGCGUUCCGACUGCGCAGCAUUACCAAAAGGUUGGCAAAGAGAGGAAGUGAUAAGAAAAACUGGUCUCUCUGCUGGAAAAGUUGAUGUUUAUUAUUAUAGCCCAACAGGUAAAAAGUUCCGCAGUAAGCCGGAACUAGUCCGAUAUCUCGGUGAUAGUAUGGACCUAUCAUGUUUCGACUUCCAACAGGGUCAGUUUAACACUAUGAUGCUGUGCAAGGCCAAGAAAGCUCGAGCGCAGUUUGAUUACAGAGGUGUGCGUUCUGACGCGUCUCUCGUGCCCCCAAUCCGACAAACUGCAUCAAUUUUCAAGCAGCCAGUAACAGUUUAUAAAACACAGGAGAGCAAAGUGAAGACGGACCUCAAACAUGGCUCACAGGAGAAACCCAAACAACUGUUUUGGGAAAAACGGUUGGAGGGUCUAACAGCUUGUGAUGCAAAUGGUGUCAUUGGAACUACUUCUCUGCCUAAGUACAUUAAGUCUUUGGGUCCAUAUGUAUCUGAUGCUACCACUAUACAGUCACUUGCUACUGCACUACAUGUGUCAUCACAACCUAUUACAGGUCAGACAGGAUCAAAGCAGACGAUAUUGGAGAAUCCAGGCGUUUUUUUAAACCCUGAGCAGCCGUUAAUCGCGGCAGUGACAAUUACUAAGGAGGACGUACGAAAGCAGGAGGAGCGUGUUAAGAAGGCCCGAUUGAGGCUACAGAAGGCUCUGGCGGUUGCUUAGGACAACGCCGGCGGAGACCAAGAGGACUCCGCCGCCGCGCCCACAGAAGAGCCCGUCGAACAAAUGCUUCCUGACUCCACAGAAGACACCGUGGAAUCUCCCAAACCGUCAAUAUCCGAAGCGAUAGUUGACAGCACAAAUUAAGUGACUAGACCCACUGAUCUGUAUGUGCAGGUCAGAGAAUAGAUCUCAGCGAGAUUGCGCCAUUCGUCCGAGUCUUAAUUUGCGUCCAGAUUAACGCCUCUAGUCCACCGACGCAUUCGCAUGCGGCAGCGAAAACUGUCAAAUUCUGCCAUACUGAAUUUCGCAAACGCUUUGUCUCGCUCUAACGUUAGCUUAAGGGGGCGACUAACCCUAAAGUGUCGAUUUUAUAAUUCAUGU